AUGUUAGGACGUUCUAGAAUAAGACUAGGAGGAUUUGAUGUUAAGGCUUUAUACCCUUACGGUGUUCCUAAGCGUACUUUCCCAUAUCGUGAGCAUCCCAAACAGAUAUCUACCGCUCCCACAGCUGGUGGAUUUUAUGUAACCAAGCAUGCCCUUGGAUGGCCAUUUCAGAUCCCUUUUGAGUGGCUUUUUUACCGAAGCUCUGUCUUUCUCUUUAUUGGAUGUGUAAUGUAUGAUCUCUUUUUUGGAUUCCCUCUUCCUUUAAUGAAGGAAGUACCACCAGGAACACCGAAGCACUUUUUCUUUAACAAUGCGGGGGGAACACCACAUCACUUAUGGCAAUACCAAGAUGGAUGGAAAGUACCGAAUAUGUCAGGUGCACGUCGAUGGGUCGAAUAG